AGAAUGAUGGUAGCAGCAACACAGUGGAAAAUACACAACACAAUUUGGAAAAUAUCGGGUAUCUGCAAAAAGCUAAUAUCGGCUUUCCUUUAAAAAAAACAUUCAUAGUUCAACAGUACCUCACAUUACUGUGUAACAGACUGUGAGCAACAAUUUGCAUAAUUGUAAUGCUUUAGUGAACAACUGUCUUUUAGUUUGGGAUAUUUGCAAGAAUGUGUUCACAGUGACGUUUCAAGUUUGAUGUGGUUCAAAUUGUUUUCAACUCACUGAGGUAAACGUGAACACACGUGUGCGCGCACGCACACAAACUCACUCACUCUCUCACACACGUACACAAACACACACUCACCACGCCCCCUCAUGACAGGAGGAAACACCCUGGCUUCUGUGUGGAUCUCUGCCUUCAGACGGUGCCGUUGAGCACCGACACACAAGCACCUAGAGUACAGUCGCGUACGGACGGGCACCGUUCACCGGGUCUCCCUGCUCACCUCUGGCCGUUGUUCCACUGCUGAUCCUCGGUCCCCGGUGCCGCCGCUCCGGCAGGGACAACCUAAACCUUAGCGGAAGCUACUGUAUCAUCCUCCAGUGGCUCAACAAUGUAGUUUUCCUCUGACUGUCUUCAUGCGACAUCGUUGCUGGCUGGUUGUGGCCGCCUGAUUCCAAGUGAAGGAUCAAUGGAGCAGUCGGAGGAAGACCUGAACCUUUCACAUUUGCUGGAACACGAGAGGGAUAUGAUCCUGAAGGUUCUGCAGAAGGACGAGAAGCUCCGCAAACGGGAGGAGAAGAGGAUACGAAAGCUGAAAAAUGAGCUCCUGGAGAUCAGACGUAAAGGCAUCCGUCGCCCUGAGGAUUUAGGGGAGCGACAGUGUGCCGGCUGCCUGAAAACUUUAGGGCUUAUUUUCGACCGUGGAGAUCUCUGCGAGGAGUGUUGCCUCCGGGUCUGCAACGCGUGCCGUGUGUUAAAUCCUGAUGGACGCCAGUGGAAGUGUAACGUCUGUGCCAAGAUCUCGGAGCUGAGGGUGCUGACAGGAGAGUGGUUCCUGGAGGAGCGGUCCAAACGUUUUGAACAUGGCCUUCCCAGCAGUGACAUGGUGAAACAGACGAUCCUCAGCAGCCCCAUCAUCACAGAGAGAAAGUCCACAGAGAACGUGUCAGUCAUAUCUGAGUCGGAACUAUCUAGGACUGAUAGUCCUCGAUCCAGCAGAAGCACCAUCCUCGGCUCUGUGGACCAUAUCAGGAGGAAACGGAGGAUGAAGGCAGAUAAAAAAGCCAACAGACCUCUGAAGCCAGAGAACGGCAUCGGCGGUGUCAAGUCGGCCUCAGAUGGAGACGCUCAGAGUGUACGAAGCGUUCGCUCUGCGCCCACGCCACGUUCAAACAGAGGUGGUGCGGUCGCCGUGGAGUCCUCAGGGCUGCCCACUGUACUGAACAACCAACGGUCCCUAACCCCAGACAGAAUGUCCAACCUCAGCAACGGCCGAAGGGUCAGGCCUGAUGGAGCAGAGAGCGUGGCCAGUUUCCAGUCCAACGACAGCGCACUCGAGAAGAAAGCCGCCGGCCAUCACCGGAGCAACUCUGGCACGCCGGCCAUUUCUGUGUCCAGAGCUUCCACCAUUUCCUCAGAUCACAGCCGCUCAGACAUGGACCUAUCUGUUCCAGGUUCUGAGCCCACCAGCGAGGAGGUGCUCAGUCUCAGGAGCCGCUCGGUCCCGGGGCUGAACGACACAGAGUUUCCCGAAGGUGAUGUGGAGGAAGACAUCGACGCCCUGAUGUCGGCGCAUCGCAAGACAGUAGAGCGACGUCUCAGCAACGCAGUGUCAACGUCCUCCACCCCUGGCUCUGAGAGGAGGUGGAGUUACCUCAAUGUCCCCGACUCGGAUGCUGAGACCAGCAGCAUCAACAGCAUGAUGAGCAUGUACAGUGACACCGGGGACUAUGGCAACGCCAGAGUGAGCGGCGAGAUCCUGCUCAACAUCAGCUACAGCUACAAGACCGGAGCUCUCAACAUCCUGGUCAAAGAGUGUCACAAUCUGGCAACGGGAGAUGAGAGGAAGCAGCGCACGGAUGCCUACGUGAAGACGUACCUACUUCCAGAUACAUCACGACAGAGCAAGAGGAAGACGAGCAUCAAACCCAACGCCAUCAACCCAGUGUUCAAUGAGAACCUACGGUAUGUGAUCAGUCACUCCCAGUUGGAGACUCGAACGCUGCAGGUCUCUGUGUGGCACUACGACCGCUUUGGCCACAACAGCUUCCUUGGAGAAGUGGAGCUGACGUUCGACAGCUGCGAGUUGGACUCACAAAUGGAGGACUGGUACGCUCUGCAGCCAAAGGUGGAGAGCAGCAUCGACACCACCCUGCAGUACAAGGGAGAACUGACAGUGGUGCUGAAGUACAUUCCUGCAGAGAAGAACCUCACGCUGCCUCUGGAUCAAGUGCAAGUGAAGAAAAGGUUCCUGAAGGGCAAAAGGACAAGUACCUUCACGAUUCCUAAAGGAGGAAUGGUGGAGCUGCUGGUCAAAGGAGCUAAAAAUCUAACCGCUGUCAAAUCUGGAGGAACGUCUGAUCCUUUUGUAAAAGGGUACCUACUCCCUGACAGCAACAAGUCAACCAAGCACAAGACGGCAGUAGAGCGACGCACAGUGAACCCACAAUGGAACCACACCUUUACCUACUGCGGUCUGCAGCCAGGAGACCUCGACAGCGUCUGCCUCGAGCUCACGGUGUGGGACAAAGAGGCUGUGGGCAGCAACGUCUUCCUGGGGGGAGUCAGGCUGGGAGCUGGAACGGGGAAAAGCUACGGGAACGAGGUGGACUGGAUGGACUCCUUCGGUGAAGAACAGCAACUUUGGCAUCGCAUGAUGGAACACCCCGAGGUGCCCCAGGAGUGCACACUGAUGCUGCGGUCCAGCAUGCGCAGCAGGUCCAACAUAUGAGUGGGAACGAGGCACAGAAACCACCCAGUGUUCAGAACCUUGUUUCCUGCCCGAGAACGGCCAAUCAUGCCUUACACCGUCAUUUCCUUCACAUGUUCCUCUGCUCUCCAAAGCAUCAUCAUGACCAAACACUGCUCUAUUUAACAGAAUAUAUGUAUGUGAUUUUGCCAAAUGAGCACUCGGUGCAGCUCCUGACGUCUGUCCUCAUCCCUGUGAUUCAUGGACUCAAGUCGUAGGAUUAUUAUUUGUAAGGUAGUUAACGAGGCACUGAUCAACAAUGUAGAAAUGUAGACAUUCCCUUUACGAACCACUAAGCUGGUCAUGGUAAGUGUAGCACAAACUGAAGGACGAGCACAGAGGAGGAAAGUCGCUGACGUUGGUACUUCUGUAACGCAGUGUAAUUACCCUUUGACAAGGCUUCAGUACUUGUUCGAGUAAGAAAAGAUCAUUUACGCAUGCCAUGUCAAAAAUGUUUACGACAGUCAAAAUGUUGUAGGGCAGGGGUCCCCAAACCCCGGUCUGGGGACUAGUUCUGGUCUGUAGGUCAUUUGGUACCAGGCCGCAGUGGGACACAGUGAAACAAAAUUAACUAUUUUUACUAUUUUAACGAGUAAACAGUGAAGCACAAACAGCACAAUCUCGCCAAGUUACGACAGCUCAACUUAGGUUAGCUUAGAAAACAGCUGGAAAGAAAAUGAUAGAAGUUAUAUCAAAUAUAACUUGGUCUAGAAGUAGUUAAAAGAUAUUAGCUAACCCUGAAAUUACCCAAAAGACACCUGAAAUUUGUUAGCGCUUAAAACCAAAAUCAAAACUAAAUGAAAGGAAAAACAACAACUUAUGUGAAUGUAGCCGUGGCUGCUUAGCAUAUUUUAUGAUUGAAGUUACAGGAGUAUUAGCAGUUCAGUCACUUUCCUCCUCCCAUUGUUAGUUAAUUUAAACAAAACAAAACAACCUGUGGCACAUGUCUGGUUUGUCUGUUCAUAGUUUAUCUUAGAUUCAAUGUAAAUUUAACAUAACACUGUAUCAGUGUGAUGGUAGAAGCUGCAUGGUACUGUAUUAGCCCAAACCGAGGUAGAAGAACAAAAACCCUUUUUGUUAUGACUUUAAAAAAAGCACUGAAAACAAGUUACUUUAUCACUUUAAGCUCAGAGAGAGACAACAUGUGUGAUCCUCAGUGGCGCCUCCUCAGGCCGUAGCUGUGUUUCCUUAGUAAAGGAGUGAGUCAGAACCGUACAGGGAUGCAUUCGUCAUCACAGGGGGGAGCCCUCGUAAUAAAUUGAGUUGAUGACAUUCAACCUUGUCCCACAGGCCUCGUGGGUGGCCCUCAGGGCUGGUUGAGCAGUGAUGAAUCAUAACUAUCACCAAGAAGGUGAAGAGUGGAAGGAAAGAAAAAAGAAAAACUCUAUUUACCUUUUUCUUAUUGGAAUGCCAGUCCUUCACUUUAGCCUUGACGAACGCUCUCCUCUCUGAGCUUCCAUAGAGAAAAUGGUUUCACAUUUACUACAGUAAUAAUUCAUGUGUCUGUUUACUGUAUGGCAUUUAAAAAAAAAAUUAAAAAACGAAUGCAAUACCUGAUUACUGGAUGGAAACUGUCGAUGAACAGCAUGUACUGUAUUGUCUCUCUGAGGGUCAGACAAACACAAAUCAGUCUUUUGUGUCCCAAAUCUGUCACAGAAUAUUUUGAAAUAAACAUCUUUCCAUUUAUUCUCAGA